UCUGACUUGGCUCUAAACUCGGAGCGGAUAAAUUACUUUGUGCAAAGUUAAGAAAAGAACGAACUGUAGUCCAAAUUAGAAUAAAAGCUUAUUUUCAUUUUCAUCGUGAAAAGUUGAACAAGAAGGCUAAUUUUGAUCCAAAGCGUGUUACAUACUCAGGCCUGGGUCGCUGGACCAUUCGUUCAGGGAUUUCUGUGGUAGUGAUCAAGGUAUGUCUAUUCCAGCGCGAGAUGGACAGUUCAAGAGUUUAGUUUGAUUUGAUGUCGAUAAAAUCAACAAAACUUUGAAAUCGCGCUAGCAAUAUCAACAUUUAAAAAACAAUCGAGUAGCUAUAGUGCCGCUUUAUAGAGCGUUUUAGGAUUAUACAGGUCUGUGAGCCACUGAACACAAGUUGGAGAUUUUCUACUGUUAAACAAAUUGCUGGAUCUUUAAAAAGAAACUUUAAAAGAUCACUGCCUUGACGAAAAUCUGAUAUAUUUAAAGCUCGGGAUAAUCAUGAAAGUUACUUUUGCAGUGACGUAAUUGUUUGUUUGUUCGGAAUUCACCGCAAUCGAACUCUUAUAAGUUUUAUUUAAUCGCAUGCAUUUUAAGUCAGUUCCGAUUCAGCACGAUGCCAUACACACACUACAUAUACACACCUCGCUCUACUUCGGAUAUUAAGACUUUCAGACUGCGGAUUGACACCGAAGAUCCUCUUUUCAGAGGAAAGAAAAAGCUUAAACUAACUGGCCGUGAAUUGAGCGAUAUUCCAAAAGUGAUUUUUCAGCUUCACGAAUUGGAAAUUCUUGAUUUGAGUCCAGAGAGGCAAUCGUGUCUGAAUUUCAAACUUCUGGCGGUUCCCCCGGGGAUCUGUCGACUUACAAACCUCACUGUUCUUAUCCUAGACACCAAUGAACUGACGGAACUACCAGAGGAGAUUUGUCAGUUGGUCGACUUGGAAAGCAUGGCUCUCAGUAACAAUCUCCUGGAUCACCUUCCCAAGGGAUUCGACAAUUUACAAAAACUAAGAAGUCUACAUAUGGCAAAUAACCUGUUUGAAGUUUUUCCAAAGGAAUUGUGUCAGCUGGAGAACUUGGAAUUUUUGGACAUGAGUGAUAAUAAAUUAACCGUACUUCCUGUAAGUAUUUCAAAUAUGAAAAACCUUCAUACUUUAUUACUGUUUCUGAACAACUUAUCCAAGCUCCCUGACAGUCUCUGUGAGAUGACGGAACUCUAUUGUCUAUGGAUAGGCAAUAACAACAUAAGUCGUCUGCCGCAGAACUUUGGGAAUCUGAAGAACCUCGACUGGAAUGAGCGGUACACCUCAUCAGUGUUGGAUGGGAACCCGCUCACAUAUCCCCCGCUGGAAAUCUGUCGACAGGGUGUUCGGGCGAUCGACAGAUUCCUGCGAACCUCAAAUCUAAAUGGUGGACAGAAAUUGGUCGACGACACAACGUGGGAAAAGACUGAAGAAGAUGAGGCGGAUUAAUGAGGGGCGGUCGCUGCACCCACUGGAAAAUAUACGCACGUUCGAAGGACUUAAUCGGUGAGAUUGACCUUCAUUGUAAUCCGUCGUGCAGUGCCAUGGAUUAUUAACAAUAUGCUGAAUCAAAACAAAAAUAGAUUCAUUAAUGACGAGGGUAAGGUUAUUUUUGUGAAAUCGCUCCUUUGUUUAGUUAGUCAAAAGAAACUCCUCUGCAUUUGUUUUUUAAUCUUGUUUUUAAAAUAGUCCUUUGAUGAUCAAAAUCUCGGAUAUUUAUAGUCACGGUGAGAUCGAGUAUUUUCUUAUAGGGGAUUAGAUGGUUAUAUUUUCGUCCAAAUAUUUUACUUUGUAAAUGCUUUAUGUUAGUAAAUGUCAUUCAAUUACCGGUAUUGCUUUCUGUAAUGUGCAUUGCUAGAAAUAUCAAAAAGAAAAUUCAAUUCCAUACCUUAGACAUUUAAAAGACGUUAAUUAAACUAUUCAAAUAUAUAUAUGUGGAACGUUUUCCGAUUUCAUUAUCAUACAUGUAAAUAGUUGUUUCGCAUUGAUCAGCGAAUGCACAACAAUGUACAUCGAAUAAACAGUACCCAUGAUUAGUGAUCAUCCACUAAUUGGUUAUAAGUACUUUAUACUUCGCUGUUACAAUAUGUAUCUGUUUACUGUAAUACACACGAUUUCACAAAAUUAUUUCUUUCCCAUAAAACAAAAAUUCAGUUCCUGUAAGACUCUAAUGACAACCGAGACCGGCGGUUCCCCAUACUUGUUGUACAGAUAGAUCCGGCUGCAUGAAAACUUGACUUUUAUGUAUAUCAUUCUCUACGGUCAACUCAGUAAAUGAGUAAUCAUCUCGUCAUUAUUCGUACUAGGGGAAAGUAGUCCCGGAGAAUCGACACUAGGGGAAAGUAGUCCCGGAGAAUCGACACUGUGGGGCCGUUGUAUCAUUCUCUCUACUUCCGUUACCUACGUUGCAAUGUAUGUUGAAUGUACAAAUUUCGAUGGAGUUAUAAUGUGACUUGUAUAAUUAUACUAGUACUGUUGUUGGUUUUUGAAAAUAAUCAAACUUUUUUUUAUAUUGAUUGAGAUGUUCUGAUUUUUUGUUUUUGUUAAGAUUGAUAUUUAUUAUUUCUAUUAUGUAACUUACAUGUUAUAGUUUGUUAAUUUCUGUUAUCAGUUUUGAGUUUGUUUCAAUUUAGAUACUGUAAUAAAUAACUUUUAAAUUC